ACAGCGAGCGGUUCUCGAUUCCGUGCACCCGUUCUCGUUCUCGUUCUCCGCCGGAACUUUUACUGGCUAACACAAGGCAGUUGGCAGUCAGAACCCUCUCUUGGCUUUCACACGGCGCGAAAAGUGCUCGAACCUCUUGAGCAGGUUACUUUUUAAAAUCCAAGUGCUGACAGCAUGGAAACCGAGUCGCUAAAUCGCAAGAAUUCCUCGCGGAAGAGCUCGAUAGUAAAUGGCAAUGGCGAUGCAUCCACAAAGUUGACCAACGGAGAUGGUGGAGACGGCGGCGAUGGCGGCGGAGGAGAGGUUACCCUAAAGGCCAAGAUGAGCCUGCUCAAUGGCUGCACCGUCAUCGUGGGCUCCAUCAUAGGAUCGGGUAUCUUCGUCUCGCCCACCGGUGUGCUGAUGUACACGGGCAGUGUUAACCUGGCCCUCAUCGUUUGGGUCAUUUCCGGUCUCUUCUCAAUGGUUGGCGCCUAUUGUUAUGCGGAGUUGGGUACAAUGAUCACCAAGUCCGGUGCUGACUACGCUUACAUCAUGGAGACCUUCGGACCUUUUAUGGCCUUUAUCCGUCUCUGGAUUGAGUGCAUGAUAGUGCGUCCCUGUUCCCAGGCCAUUGUGGCGCUAACCUUCAGUACCUACGUCUUGAAGCCCUUCUUCCCGGAAUGCUCGCCGCCGGAGGACUCCGCCCGUCUCCUGGCCGUCUGCUGUAUCCUCGUGCUAACCCUGAUCAACUGUUGGGACGUUAAAUGGGCCACCGCUGUGCAGGAUAUCUUCACAUAUGCCAAACUGCUGGCCCUGUUUAUCAUCAUUGCCACUGGCAUGUACCAACUAUAUCUGGGCAAUGUCCAGUACUUUACAUUCGAGAACACAGACACCAAAGUCACAUCCCUGGCCCUGUCCUUUUACUCGGGACUCUUCGCCUACAACGGCUGGAAUUACUUGAACUUUAUCAUUGAGGAGCUGAAGGAUCCCGUCAAGAACCUGCCCCGUGCCAUUGCCAUCAGUUGCACGCUGGUCACCGUUGUCUAUGUCAUGGCGAAUGUCUCCUUCUACACCAUUCUGUCGCCGGAUGAGGUUCUGGGCUCCUCGGCUGUAGCGGUGACCUAUGCGGAGAGGGCCUUUGGCAUGCUGGCCUGGACCAUUCCAGUUUUCGUGGCCUUGUCUACUUUUGGGGCUGUUAAUGGCAUCUUGCUCACCUCUUCGCGUCUCUUCUAUGCCGGUGCUAAUGAGGGUCAGAUGCCGGAGAUCCUCACCAUGAUCCAGAUCCAACGAUUCACACCCACGCCGGCUGUCCUGGCCAUGGCUCUGCUCUCUAUGUUGUAUCUGACAGUGUCUGAUAUAUUUGCCCUGAUCAACUAUGUGGGCUUUGCCACCUGGUUGAGUAUUGGCGUUGCUGUCCUGUGCCUGCCCUGGUUGCGCUGGGCCCAGCCCAAUCUUCCGCGUCCCAUCCGGGUGCCAAUGGUCUUCCCCAUUGUCUACCUGAUUGCCACCAUGUUUGUGACCGUGGUGCCGAUGUACGCCAGCCCUGUGGAGACGGGUUAUGGCAUCCUAAUGAUCCUCUCCAGCAUUCCCGUCUAUUUGGUGUUCAUUGCCUGGAAGAAUAAGCCCAUCUGGUUCCAGAAGUGCAUGGGCGGACUGACACAAGCCCUACAGAAACUGAUGAUGGUUGUGCGUCCCAAAGCGGCGUCAAAGUAAGCCUCACACAUCUCCUACAAAAACUGCUCAUGGUACUCGGCAAGCAGAAGAAACCAGCUCAGGUGUAAAAAGUAACGAAUGUUCUUCGGCCGGCGAAUAUUUAGAGAUUUCAGAGUUAGCCAGCAAGCAGAGGAAAGCAUUUAUAAGCCACACAUUUAACUCUGCAUCAUGCAUUAUAUAGACAAAGUAAAGCGCUUUUGUGUAACCAAUGAAAACACACAUACGAAACAAGAAAAUAUAUACUAUAUAUAUUUUUAUAUACA